AUGCGUUUACGCGAUCAACCCGCUGGUGCACGUAGAGCGGUGCCGCUCACGGAGCGCGCGCUGCGAGAGCGCCACGCGCUUGCGCUGCCGCAGUUCGCCGCCCGCCUCGGCCUCACGCCCACGCCCACGCCCACCGGCGCCGACGCCGACAAAGAAAACAAACGCAAACCGGAGAGGCGAGUGCUGAGAAGUAAGAACGAGAAGCGGCGGACCCGCGGCCCACAUCGAUGGUCCUUCCGAACUGUCGAUAGCGACGACGAACUUGAAUGUUCAGAAUUCUCGUGGCAAUAA